AUGGACAAAAUAGGAAAGCGAGACGAGCAGAGAGAAAAAGAAACACGAAAAGGAUCGAAAGAGGAAGAGAGAGAGAGAGAGAGAGAGAGAGAGAGAUAGAAAACGAUAGCGAGAGAUCACGGAGAGAACGAGAAAAACCGUGACCUCGCGUCACGCGAAAACCGCAUCGCGAGAGACACGCGCCAAGUUUCGCGCUAAGCGCACUCUCGAAGUUUUCUCGGAUGAUGUUUCAAUUCGUGCGAUUCGCGCUCGAAUGUCGAUCUGUCAAUCGGCUCAUUGUCCGCGCGCGCUGUUCGAUGUAGCUGUCACAAAGUGCGAAGUAACUUGACGAAGAUUUUCCCGUAUCUCCCUCACGUCUCAUCGGAGCACGUUGUUCCGAUCGGGAGAACGAUAGAGGAGACACGUGAAAACGCGCUCUCUGACAGCUCGCGUUGACGGCGGCGCGUGCACGUCACGUUCAAGAGCGGCUCUCGCGUUUUCGGCAGCCGCGAACCUUAUAAACUCGACACUCGUGCGACCUUGCACGGCCCUCGAAAAAUGUUGGCAGCCAGCCGCUUUCGAAUCUCGCGGCCGAACUCGUGCCGUUCGUUCGCCGUGACGUGGACACGCGCGUUCGAAAUAGUUUCCUCCUCGGAAAAGCCUGGCCAGAAACAGAGAGAAAGAGAGAGAGAAAGAAAAGGCGAUCUCGAAACGUACGCUCUUGGCACCGUGGCCAUCGCGCGUGCCGCGAUGCGACGCGACUCAACGCGCCGCGACGUGCCGCGACACACGUGACAGUGAACAGUGCAACGCGUACCGCGCGAACGACGCACCUGGGGGCCGUCGCGCGAGGAGACGUUGAGGAGGCCAGCAUCUCGCGCGCGACUUCCGCCGUCGCAUCUUAAUUUGCCGAUGCUUGUUUUUAAGCGGAUUACAAAAUCUCUCUCUUUCUCUCUUCCUCGAAUCAGAGAGAGAAAUGGAAAACAAGGAGCAUAUUUAUUGGCGCACUUGAUUGACCCAACGUGAUAUUUCGAAUCGCAGAUCUGCGACGAAAAGAAAAGAAAACAAUGAUAUUAAAAAAAAAACAAACAGAAGAAUGUCACGCGUGAGAAAGGUGCGUGAUAAAAAGCGCGCGUGAAUAUACGGGCGCGUGUUGUCAAAAAAGAGGCAUGAUUGCGAAAGUGCGUGUUCCGCCGUGAGCCGCCAACACGGGCGGACGAAAAUACCUCACGUGCGUCGAGAAAUUGAUGAAAAAGAGGGAGGGUAAUAUGUGUAGGGGGAGGUAAGCGGCAGGUCGUUUUCGAAUAUGAUGAGAGGAGACGAGGAGCGUCGUCGGCGCUCGUGUAUACGAACAAAAGUAAAGUAUGACGGUCCCGAGGAAAUCUGGAGCGAUCGAACGGCUCGCUCCGACGAGAACGGCGCCGAGGAGACUUUAGUUAUCCGAGCAUCGAGGUAUUCUCUCGCGGAUUUCACCUCAGCUGCAGCAGAAACGGCAGGCGUAGUGACGUAGUUUUGAGGUGGGCUCAUUCCAAAUUCGUGCCAAUUUGAUCGAGAAAAAUUAAUCGGAUGAUGUCAUGCAAAAAUGAGGUUGCGGGGUGCAGUUCAGACAUGGGAAGUGAGCAUUACUGCCUGAGGUGGAACAAUCAUCAGAGCAACUUGCUGGGUGUGUUCAGUCAACUGCUGGAGUCGGAGUCGCUGGUGGACGUGACACUGGCGUGCACGGAGGGACCGUCGAUACGCGCACACAAGGUAGUCCUCUCCGCGUGCUCCAGCUACUUCCAGGCCCUGUUCCUCGACCAUCCGAACCGUCACCCCAUCGUCAUCCUAAAGGACGUACGUUUCGCCGAGCUACGUACCCUCGUCGACUUCAUGUACAAGGGCGAGGUAAACGUCGAGUACUGCCAGCUAUCGGCCCUCCUCAAGACAGCGGAGAGCCUCAAAGUUAAGGGUCUAGCGGACAUGACGAAUAUCAACGCAGCGGUAGCAUCUAGGGAAGAGCAACAGCAGCAGCAGCAGCAAUCACAACAACAACAACAGCAGCAGCAGCAGCAGCAGCAACAACAACAACAACAACAACACACAAGUACAUCCGACACGUCACGGGAGCAUCAUCGAGAACGAGAACGAGAUCGAGAGAGCGUAAAAGAAACGAGCGGCAAGGACAGGGAGCGAGAAUCGAACGUCACCGCCGGAGUAUCGGCUGGUACCAAGGAAUGCGAUCAGCAACAACAAUCGAGCAACAUUGCUCAGAGCACCCCAAGCGAGCCCGCGGAGGCGGUGGACAUGACGGAUUGUUCGCCGUCGCCCACGGGACCCGGUAGCCCGUGUCCGGGACCGCUGGCCCUCGACCGGCCCAGGAGGGACUCGGAAGACGCGGCUAGCCUCGAGGAGACGAGGGCCGGCUCCCUCAGCCCGAUCUCGGUGCACAGCGGACCAUCCGACAUGAGUCUCAGCAACAACACCGGCGGCGGCACGCCCGGUAGCGUGCUGCCGUUAAAUUUGCCGCAGAGCCGACUUCCGUCCCCGCACAGUACCGAACCUCUUGCCGGUCCGUCGGGCUUACCCCCGGUUCAGCAAGUUCCCUUGUCCCUGAAAAAAGAGAUGGACUGGGAAAGGUCGACCGAGGAGCGUAGCGCGAGCAGCGAGAUAUCCGCAGACUACAGACUCCCACCAGAUCCGGUCUCGCUCGCCCUCGGCCUGGAAGCGGGCGGAUGGGGUGCUCUGGUGGAGCGGACGAGCGGUGGCAGCGGCAGCAUCCUCAGCAGCUUCACCGGCCUGGCUGGAUUGGCGCGUCGCUGCGGCGUCUGCCUGGCGACGUUCCCGUCGCCGUGGCUGCUGGAGCGUCACGCGUUGCUCCAGCACGCCGGCCAGACCAGCGACGACAAGCCCUUCACGUGCGAGCAGUGCGGCCAGCGUUAUCGCUACCGAUCCGCCUACGUCAAGCACCGCGAGCAGAAUCAUCGCGCGCGGCUACCGGCCGACAAGCUGUUCACCUGCGACGUCUGCGGCAUGCAGUUCAGGUAUCUCAAAUCCUUUAAGAAGCACCGUCUCAAUCACGCUCUCGAGCGGCUGCAGCGCGCGCCCGAGUCGCAGAGCACCUCCGUCGUGGUGGUCUCGGCGCCGGCCGAGCGUAGCGAUCAGGUAUCUAGCACCGGCGAGCCGUCCCAGGUGGAGACCGGCAGCGACACCACGAAUCCAGGCGACGUCGAGGAGAUACGCGGCGUGUUCUCCGAAAGCGUUCGCGGUGACGAGACGAGCGUCUCGGAGACCGCGAGCGUCCAGGAGAAUCCCGGCGAUGCGGUGGAGGUACAGAUAACGGAGACAACCGCGGCUGUUAGGAUCGGCGGGGGAGGUAUCGGCGGUGGUGGUGGUGGUGGCGGUGGCGGUACCAGCAGCGAGGUCGGCGACGUCGACGACAAUGCCGUCGAUGACGAUCGGUCGCACGAGCGCAGCGAGGCGAUGAUCAGCCUCGCUCGUAGCGGAACUCGCGAGGCCGAUCGGCGCGAGCGCCGCUUCGCCUGCCCGUUCUGCGGCAAGUGCGUCAGGUCGAAGGAGAAUCUCAAGCUACACGUGCGCAAGCACACCGGCGAACGGCCGUUCGUCUGCCUGUUCUGCGGCCGUGCCUUCGGCGGCAAGAGCGACCUUACGAGGCACCUGCGCAUCCACACCGGCGAACGGCCGUAUCACUGCGAGAUGUGCGGCAAAUGCUUCGCCCGGGCCGACUAUCUCUCCAAGCACCUCACCACGCACAUCCAUCAGCGCUAACGCGAUCGCAGCUCGGCUUACUAGCCAACUCGGUGUCCUCGAAGCCGAGCAGCGAGCAAUGUUCCUCUUUCUCUCCGGGGCGACUCUCGAGGGUUAAUACUAUAAAAAAAAAAAUUUCACGCGAAGAUAAUAUUACGUAAUUGAAACGAAGAAUGUAAACGAAAUUGAAUGACAUUUACCGCGCGCUCAAUUGCAUGAUAUACCGAGAGGCGGGUAAUAAGCACAUCUAGUCAAUUUACGCGCUCAACUGUAAUAAAUUUUCUCUAAUGAUGAUAUUUGAAGGAUAGAAACUCACUCUGGUCGCGUUUACUUCUCCGAUUAGUGAAAGCUAUCGCAAAGUGGUAGCGGCAAUAAUCUUUUUGGUGUUAUUCAAGCAACAGAGACGCUUCUCAAGACGCUUCGAUAACGCACAUUAAAAUUGAAAUCUUCGAGUAUUUGAUUGUUCGCCAUUGCGAGAUUAUCCCUCGAGUCUCAGUCCGCGAGGAUCACGAACGGCUGCUAACUGUCGCCGAGCAAAAAUGAUUUCGCUCGCGAAGAGUAGCGUCGGAUAAGAUCAUUAAGGGACUUCUUACUGAGAGGAAAUAGAGGCAAAUGAGAGCGAAAGAAACACGGUCCCAUCCAUCUUAGCCACAACAAGACGCGUCAAUUACGGAGAGAAUAGAAACAGAGUGUAAAACACGAUCGGCGCUCAAUCGCGCGAUCUCCCAUCAGCAGUACGUCCGACGAUGAUUUCUUGGAAUACACGACAGUGAGACUAACUUGUGAUAAGGAAAUAUGAGAAACCAAAAGAAGAAAAAGAAAAAACCAAAGAACGCAACGACGCGGCGGGCGAAAGCCGACGGUCAAAGGCUUCCUUUUGUUGUCUUUUUCGUCUUCGUGCUCUCCAUCGACAAAGUGAUAUAUUUGUAAUGUAAUAGCUUAACCUCGAUAUACUCGGUGUGUACUCGAUAUGUAAUAUAAUUCGCGAUGAUAAUGCCGCGUGUGCGAUAACGAUAAUUUCUCUCUACGCUGCAGCUCCGUGCAAACGCGAACACAUCGACGGACAUUUUUCACUUUUACACGGAUGAUAUUCGAUUCCGUAUAAUUAGUUGAGAGAUUCGGCUAAUAAUUAAUUCACACUUUUCUCCCGAGAAACUCGGUCAGAUUAAUUUCAAAGGAAUCGAGAAAAGAAAAUAUUGAAUUGAAUUUUUAUUUUAGAAUUCUCUUAAUUAGAUUUCUCUCUUUAAUUAAAUAUUCUUAGCUCACCUUUUCUCUCUGAGAUUAAUUUUCUCAAGUUGCUAAGAAGAGUGGGUUAAAACCUCCAGGACUCUCCUCGAGCAACACUCUUUCACCGCGAGAAAUAUACUUUCGACAAUUGGCGUACACGCGUGCACGGCACGUUCGUGUCUAUGGAAACCGAGACGAGUUAUUAAAGUACCGCAAUACCUACUCCAGACAUCUUUGAUUAUGUUGUCAGAGGCAAGGUGAGGCACGCAAACGACUUUUCGUGAUGAACUUUUUAAAAGCUUGGAAGUUUCUGGCCUAUUUUAUUAAUCUACUUUUUAUCGCGUACGGAAUAAAACCCGAUCGAAUCAUAUCGCGGAAAGGAUUGGAGGUUUAAAAUGUCGACAUGCAAUAUCGGGAGAUGUAAGUCUCAAUAUUUCUUCAACGAAAUAUCUUUUUCCGAAAAACAAA